AUGACGCCGACAAGUCUACCGCAGCAGUACAGAUCUCCCAAACGGAAACGCAGCGGGUCAGAGUCAGACUAUUUUAACAGCCCGUCGGCAUCUCCUCAGUCCACAGUCUCAAUCAACAGUUUUCAUGAAGCGAGGCUCAGAGAGGAGGAGGAUGGGGGACGAUACAGUCCUCGAGCUGCCGUUGCGGGGCAUUUAGGGAGACUGGCGAUUCGCGGCGAGAAUCUGGCCAAUACCGCUGUCAAUCGCGCAGAGACUCUGUCAAAAGACACCGAAGGAGCAUUGUCAUUAUUACCAGGAACAACUAGACGGGCACAGCCAGAAGAGCUCCUGCCUGAGGAAGCACUGGCACCACGUCCGCUGUCGGAUGCCGAGUCCAUGGAUGCUCUUACGCAGCCACCGGAGAACAUGGAAAAUUCACCGAGCAAGAAGAAGGCUUUAUUACAGCCGAGUCCACGCAAGAAGCAAGACAAAAGUCGCAGGGCAUCCUCACCGCCGAUAACGAGCAACAGCAACGAAAACCCGAUGGUAUGGCAUGAUUCGGAGAUUACGGGUCACAACCCGUCUGAUCCGAGCGAUGACGGGUACGGCAUCAAUGGCAUAGGAUUCAAGCCUACGGCGGCAGUCGCGUGGGCCAGGUCUCAGAAGAGACAGAAACAGGUCGCGGAGUGGAAGAACCGAGAAGCGAGAGAUGCGAGGGGACGACGGAGAGAGCGACGAGAGGGGGUCGAUUCGGAUAAGUUACGCGCUGUCCAGAACGGAGCGAUUCAAAAACGAGUCAAGUUCGAUCUGUGA